AAAAAAGAAAGAAAGAAAGAAAAGAGCUCUACAGGCGCCGGCUCGACCUACCACUCGUCCCCCCGCGCCCACUUCCCAAAUCGCCCCAGGCCCCAAGCUCCUCCCUCCCGUGCUCCAACCGAAAUUCUACUCCCAGGAGCGUAGCAAAGCUAUUUGAAUCAGCGGGACGCGAGGCUGCUGCCUGCUGGACUGCCUGUGCUCCCCUCUGCCCCCCCAUUCUCCAAUUCGCCGCGAGGCGCGUAUGGAGGACCUCACCACCGCGCCGCCACCGCGGCACCGGGCGCGGAGGCACCGGAGGAAGGCGUCGGACUCGGCAACGUACGGGGACGUGUUCGGCGGGGGCCCGCGGUUCGCGCCCCCUGUCGCAGGGGCUCCGGCGGACUACGCGGACGUGUUCGGCGGCGUCGCGGCCUCCUGCUCCAUCCCGUACCUCGACCUGCCCCCGGCGGCAGCCGGGAGCGACGGCGGCGCGGGGAGGUACGGCGAGAUCUUCACGCGGGCCGGCUUCGGGGAGUACGCGGCGCCGUACGAGGACAUGUUCGCGGAGCCGGAGGGAAUGCCGGAGGAGAUCGAGUCCUGGAGCGGGAGCUCGAGAUCAUCAAUCAGAAAAGAAUCUGCUGAAAUGGAUGCUGAGCCAUCUCUACUCUAUCAACACUAUCCAAAUGUGGUCUAUGACCAACAGUUUGAUGAGGAACAGUUUUCUCCAAUCUCCUUUCCUCCAGAUGGUGAACAACAGUUCAACAUGUCAUAUAAUAAGGCAACCAGGGGAAGGCUAGAUGAUCUAGUUGAAAUGACUACUUGCAUGGUGGAGCCUUCAAUAAGUUACGUGGUUGACUCUUGUAAUUUGUCAAAUGAUUCAGCAACUAAUCAUGUUCCAGUAAUGCACAAUGGUGCACUUGCUAAUGGUGAAGAUAAGGAGAUGAGCCCACCACCACUCCCUGCAAGCGGUGAUUCUGUAGCUGAUGAGAAGCAGCAUAUUUCUCCCUGCCUUCCCAUUUAUGAAAAUCAUUAUGAAGAUAAAAAGGAUCACAGGAGGUCUAGCAUUCAUUCAGCAUCAAGUGAGGAAAACAAUGGUGCGACUGCUAAUGAUGAAAAUAAGGAGACUAGCCCACCACAACUCCCUGUAAAUGGUGAUCCUGUAACGGAUGAGAAGCAACAACAUAUCUCAACUUGUCUUCUCAAUUCUGAAAAUCUCCAUGAAGAUGAAAAGGACCACAAGAGAUCUAGCAGCACUCAUUCAGCAUCAAGUGAGGAAGUACCUUCCCCAGACUAUCCAUUCUUAAGGAUGUCCAACACCCACAUUCAAACACCGCCCAUCAAUGUACAACCACCAUCAAUCCUACCAUCUAAUUUUCUUAAUAAGAAGGAAAGCAAAUCUAACAGAGAUUCUGAGGUCAAUCCUAACUCUGCUGCUGCUGAUGCUAUAAAGGAAGCAACAAAUGUGAAGCAAAAUAUCUCAACUUGUCUUCUCAAUUCUGAAAAUCUCUAUGAAGAUGAAAAGGACCACAAGAGAUCUAGCACUCAUUCAGCAUCAAGUGAGGAAGUGCCUUCCCCAGACUAUCCAUUCUUAAGGGUGUCCAACACCCAUAUUCAAACACCGCCCAUCAAAGUACAGCCACCAUCAACCCUACCAUCUAAUUUUCUUAAUAACAAGGAAAGUAAAUCUGACAGAGAUUCUGAGGUCAAUCCUAACUCUGCUGCUGCUAAUGCUAUAAAGGAAGCAAUGGAUUUUGCUGAAGCGAGGUUAAAAGCUGCAAAAGAACUGAUGGAGAGAAAAGGGGACAGUUUUAAACUUCGGAAGAGGCCAGGUCAUCAUAGAGGCACAAAAUCGACAGAAAUCAAGGAAGAUAAGGGUCCUGAAGAGGUGAAUAUAUUUGAAGAGAAGCUGACCUCAAGAAAGUUAGCAGAAGAGGAAAACUAUGAGAAUCUAAGUUUCCUGGAUAAACACAGAGGCAGUAGUGCAGUUAAGAUAGCAGACUGUUAUCAAGACGGAAAAGGGGUUCUAUCUCCAGGGAAGCCUCAGCAGAUAAUACAAAGUGACAGUAAACUUGAUCAACUAGGCAAGUGGGCAUCAGAUGCUGAAUUCUACGAUCUGGUUAGCCAUCAUCGGAAAUCUACAACUAGCACAGCUGCAUGUGAAGGUGAUAAUGGUCCGACAACAAAUCCCUUCACUAAGCAUGGCCAUUCUGAGAAAGUAAAAGAAGGGGUUAAUGCAGGGGAUUUGGAAAGAGAUGGGAAAUUGUCGGGUUGUAAUGAAAUAACAGAGCUGGGAAAUAUACAUGUAGAUCUUAUAGCAGAUGAUACCGCUGCUCUAGGGGUUGAACAUGAGGCUCCUACAGCUCCUGAAGGUUCACUAUGGGAGGAAAGGGUGGUAUACCAAGAAACAAACGAUUCUCAUAUCAAAGAACAUGUAGGGCAAAGCAAUUCUCCAAAAGGUCAUGAUGAUGAUGGAAUAUUUGAGGCUUCAUGUAUGAAUGGCAAACCUCCAAAGCUGCAUGUUGUUCCAGAUACAUCCAGUUUGUCUUUGAAGGUUUGUAUACAGGUAGACCAUGCCAAUGGUAACCAAAAUUGUUCUGAUGCUAGUACUGAGGAAACUCCACUAGUAGGAAAAUAUGACAAAGAAAACAACAAUAAAGAGGGACUUGAGAUUCCAUGUGCUGAUGAGACACUUUGCACUUCCGUAAGGAAUCAAAUAUCAGAUGAACAUCCGGAAGUUCCUCUAAUUGAUGAAAUUGAGACGAGUCAAGCGAAAGAAGCCACAAUAGAAGAGCCUGCAGAAUAUUAUGAAGACCAAUGGUCCCCGAAGAUGUCAAAUACAGUUCACAGGGAGGCUAAAACUUAUGGGGAAGACAAGAUGUUCAGUUUUGUUGAUGAAGCAUGCCUGCAAAGUGAACAAGAAAAAAUAGCUGAACUACCUUCAGAAAUGCUCAUCCAUAAAGAAAUGGAGAGAUUUGGAAUUGAGGAGAAAGAAAGCCUGCAUGAAGAUUCCCAAGAUGAAGAUGUAUACUGGGAUGCGGGAUCUCCUGAAAAGGAAACUAGUGUUACUUCUGAUACCGAUGCUAAUGAAAAUGACGAAGCAGAGGUGCUGAAUGUAUUUGUGGCAGACAGUGACUUGACGGAAAACAAUGUUAGAACAUGUGCUACUUCUGCCAAACACUCAGAUAAACUCCCAGAAUCUCAGGAGUCAUUAUUGGAACCUCAAGAGUUGGCAAACAAUAUGGAUAUAAUUGAGGAUUUUGUAUCCCAUGGUAACCAAAAAGAAGCAAAAAAUACCUUGUUAGGGAACAGUGAGACGACACUGGUGGAAAAAACCUUAAACCAUGAUAAGGAAGGCCAGACAUCUGCGGAAACUGGUGCCACCAGAGGGCUAAAUGAUGUAUAUGCAGAAAUAAUUGCAAAGAAUAAUAGGGUGGGUAAUGUACUUCAUUCUGGAGCUGAAGUUAUCACCGAUGAUUACAAUGAUCAUACCACAUGUUCUAAAGAUAUGCAUGCUUCAUUCUCAGAAGCAUGCGCUAGCAUGCAUCACUUGCCUCAAAAUGCUGAAUCUAUUUCUGCUCUGACGUCUGAUGAAAGCAUAUCUUUCCUUGUAAAUCUUGAAGAGAACUGCAUAAAAGCAGAUAGUGAAUAUUCGACAAUAAGAGACACAGCGUUACAAGGGAAAAAGACAGGCGGCAAAAUUGAAGAAGGAGAUGGCAAAGACAAAAUGUCGAGUGUAAAUUUGAAGGAUCAGCGAUCUUUUGGAGAGGAUAGUGCAUCAAAGUUUGUUCAGAAAUCAAGAAAAGAGACCUCUGAUGCCCAGAGAAUUGAAGGGAGAGAUGAUAUAAGAAAGGCAGAAAGUGAAAUUGAAAAGGAUGUCUCCCUAAGACCAGAUAAAGAUAAAGAAAGGGAAUACAAAAUGGAAAAAGAACAAAGUAAGGAGAAACCAAUAAGAGAACUAGAAGAAGAGAAGGAGAGGGAGAGGGAGCGGGCAAAAGAUAGGCUUGCUGUUCAGAGGGCUACAAGAGAAGCUCAUGAGAGGGCAUUUGCUGAGGCUCGUACAAAGGCUGAAAGAAUAGCAUUGGAAAGGAUUACCUCUUCACGACAAAGAGCGUCUGCAGAAGCACGAGCUAAAGAGAAGGCAAGUGAUGAAGCAGUUGCAGAGAAGGCUUCUAGAGAAGCUAGAAUAAAAGUGGAACGUGCAGCAGUCGAGAGAGCAACUGCAGAAGCUCGAGAGAGGGCAAUUGAAAAGGCAAAGGCUGCUGCAGAUGCUAAGGAGCGAAUAGAAAAGGCCAGGGUCCCAUUCAAAGAUAGUUUUAAGGCUACUAAUCAGGACACACAAUUUCAGAAGACAGCUUCUAACGAGCAUGGAAGAAGCACAGAUUCUUGCAAUCAAGCAUCUGAGUUUGAAUCAGCUCUAAGACACAAAGCAAGAUCCGAGAGGCACCAACGGACAGCUGAACGAGCGGAAAAAGCUCUAGCCGAAAAGAAUAUGCGGGACAUGCUGACUCAGAGGGAGCAAACAGAAAAACACAGAUUGGCUGAAUUCCUUGAUCCUGAAGUCAAGAGAUGGUCAAAUGGAAAGGAAGGAAAUCUGCGAGCAUUGCUCUCUACGUUGCAAUAUAUACUUGGUUCAGACAGUGGCUGGCAGUCAGUUCCCCUCACAGAUCUCAUUACAGCUGCUGCCGUGAAGAAAGCAUACAGGAAGGCAACCCUUUGUGUCCAUCCUGAUAAAUUACAACAAAGGGGUGCUACAAUCAGACAAAAGUACAUCUGUGAGAAGGUUUUUGAUCUUCUUAAGGAAGCUUGGAACAAGUUCAAUUCCGGAGAGCGCUAAGAGGGGAGAUAGGCAGUGGUGUUCAUUCUUUUCUUUUUCUGGGGAACAGGAAAUUAGGUUAAUAUCUAUAUAGCCAUAUCAUUAAUCGUUUAUAUAGAUGUAAAUAUGUGGUUCUGGGGAACAAUUUUUGACCAUCAUUCUACCAGAUUAAUAAUUAAAUAAUAGAGCAUCCUUUGUUCUCUA